CGGGGAGCGCCGAGGAGCCAUGGCCACCACCAACGGGGCUGUGGAGAACGGGCAGCCGGACAGGAAGGCGCCCGCCCUGCCGCGCCCCGUCCGCAACCUGGAGGUCCAGUUCACCAAGAUAUUCAUCAACAAUGAAUGGAACGAAUCCAAGAGUGGAAAAAAGUUUGCCACGUAUAACCCUUCAACUCUAGAGAAAAUAUGUGAAGUAGAAGAAGGAGAUAAGCCUGACGUGGACAAGGCGGUGGAGGCCGCACAAGCCGCCUUCCAGAGGGGCUCUCCGUGGCGCCGGCUGGACGCCCCGAGCCGCGGCCGGCUGCUGCAGCAGCUGGCGGACCUGGUGGAGCGGGACCGCGCCGUCCUGGCGACCCUGGAAACGAUGGACACAGGGAAGCCGUUCCUUCAUGCCUUUUUCAUCGACCUGGAAGGCUGUAUCAAAACCCUUCGAUACUUUGCUGGGUGGGCAGACAAAAUACAGGGCAGGACCAUCCCCACAGAUGACAAUGUUGUGUGUUUCACCAGGCACGAGCCCAUCGGUGUAUGUGGGGCCAUCACUCCUUGGAACUUCCCUCUGCUGAUGCUGGUGUGGAAGCUGGCUCCUGCUCUCUGCUGCGGGAACACCGUGGUCUUGAAGCCGGCGGAGCAGACCCCCCUCACCGCCCUCUACCUGGGCUCUCUGAUCAAAGAGGUGGGAUUCCCUCCAGGCGUGGUGAACAUCGUACCGGGAUUUGGGCCCACAGUGGGAGCAGCAAUUUCUUCUCACCCUCAGAUCAACAAGAUAGCCUUCACUGGGUCCACAGAGGUUGGGAAGCUGGUUAAGGAGGCGGCCUCCCACAGCAACCUGAAGAGGGUGACGCUGGAGCUCGGCGGGAAAAACCCCUGCAUCGUGUGUGCUGAUGCCGACCUGAGCUUGGCAGUGGAGUGCGCCCAUCAGGGAGUGUUCUUCAACCAAGGCCAGUGCUGCACGGCCGCCUCCAGGGUGUUCGUGGAGGAGCAGGUCUACGACGAGUUUGUCAGGCAGAGCGUGGAGUAUGCCAAGAAGCGGCCGGUUGGAGACCCCUUUGACGUCAGGACCGAACAGGGGCCCCAGAUUGACCAGAAGCAGUUCGACAAAAUCCUCGAUCUGAUCGAGAGCGGAAAGAAGGAGGGAGCCAAGCUGGAAUGCGGGGGCUCCGCCAUGGAAGACAGGGGGCUCUUCAUCAAACCCACCGUCUUCUCAGAAGUUACGGACACCAUGCGGAUCGCCAAAGAGGAGAUUUUUGGACCAGUGCAGCCAAUACUGAAGUUCAAAAAUAUUGAAGAAGUGAUCAAAAGAGCAAAUAGUCUUGAAUAUGGACUCACAGCAGCUGUGUUCACAAAAAACCUUGAUAAAGCACUGAAGCUGGCCUCCGCAUUGGAGUCUGGAACGGUCUGGAUCAACUGCUACAAUGCCAUCUAUGCACAGGCUCCGUUUGGUGGCUUCAAAAUGUCGGGGAACGGCAGAGAACUAGGUGAAUAUGCGCUGGCUGAAUACACAGAAGUGAAAACUGUCACCAUCAAACUUGAUGACAAGGAUCCCUGAGGGAGAAGCAGGUUCCUUCUUCAAACAUCUGACAACUGAAUGUGGCCGAUCGAACUUACUGAAGAAAAAUCAACAUUCUGACCUUCCUGGGAUACUUUCUUCUGGAGAUUUUAAACUUGCUGGAUUUGAACGGUUUUUGUUUUCCUCUUACAUUCCUUCUUUAUCGACUGAAACAUUGUAUGUGAAAUUGCAGUCCUGCCUGGGGUUGGGACUAAGGGCCAUAUCUGUUUUCUGCUUUUCACCAGAUCCCUGGGACGGUGAGGAGGUUCAGGGCACUGUCAACAGGAAGUGGUAUUUGAAGUAUUGAGCCGUCACUUUAAAAUGCUCUGUUGACUCUAACCCCAGUAAGGAUUUGGAAAAAAAAAUUCCCUGUAUGUUUUGAAACAGGACUCUACCUGUGGGUUCCUUACCUGCCCACAGAACAAGCCCCUCCGACUACUCAGUAGGAAGGAAUAGCACUAAGUUUAAAAAAAAUUUUUUUAAAAAAACAAGGUUGGGAUGAUCUGAUGUGGGGAACUUUGGGGAAGCAAGUACCGUGGAAGGGUCCUGAAGGCCCUGGUGUGAAUGCUCUUCAAGGACUGCAUCUUGACAUUGACCAUGGGACUCAGCUUAAAACCAAUGCGGCCUUUGAAAUAUGACCAAAUCAACAACCGUAAGAGCUUAUCUAACGCACGUCAUGGUCUACCUUAAUCAAGACAGGAAAUGUCGCGAAUGUCACCAUCACUGCUAAAGACGCAGUGCUCUGACAGUACAGAUUCUAGGAUCAUUAAGUCCCACACUUUACUAAUUAAAGGCAUAAUUUGCUUUUCCCAGUUAGGCAUUUCUACCACUUGCAUUGAUUUAUGAUAAACCUAUAUAGUUUUCCUUUUCUCCAGAUGGGUUAUCAACAUUUUAGAUGAGUAAGACAUAUACAAUUGAAAAGACUGCUGUUGUAAUACAGCUCUGGUUUUACAAAGUCCUGUUUUGAUAUUAAUUAGUGAUUAAUUAACAAAUAACAUCUGAACUUCAUGGAGGAACUGGGUCUGCUACUAGAGUGGUUUGAGCACUGCACUAACAGGUUGAAAAGUUUUCUUUUCCUCUUUGUGUAUCCAAAGGAUGUGCAAUUCCAAGUCAACUUGGAAAACUGAAAGUGUCCCACAGAGCUUUAAAAAAACAAAACCAAACUGCAAUUGUG